AUGGGCAAAUCAGUGAUCCGUCCGAUUGCGUUCAAGCCGCUGGGUGGGCGUCUAUCUGCAGGCGGUGAGCGCUAUGGCUCCACACCGGUCCUGGCCAGCAGACCACCCUCGCAUAUGACGCUUUAUGGCAGCUCCUCAGAUGUACGGGAAGGACGUUGGUGUGGCUCGCCGCAGCCCGCGUCGCUAUCCGCUUUACCUCCGUCUACGCCCUCAGUUCCUUUUCACCAGAGGCACCAUUCUGCUAUUGUUACGAAGUCGAAUUCCGGUCUAGGUGAAAAGGAACCGGUGCCAGCACCCUCCCCUGCCGACUCUGGAGUAGCUGAGCUGGAGAGGGAUCAUCAUGAUUAUAGUACAACAGAACGGCUGCGCAGCCACGAGGUGCGCGUGCGGGCGGCGCGCGGGCUUGUGGCGCCCACCGCGCUGGCGCUGGGCCGGCGCGACGAGCGCCACGACGCGGAGCUGGCGCGGCUGCGGCGUGACCGAGCCUUGCUGCGACAGCGCCUCGAGGACACCGAGUGGAGCCUUUGCCAGCGGGCUGGUGAAAUUGCACUGCUCAAAACGCAGCUCAAGGACGCGCAGAAUGAGCAAACCGCAAAAGGCCACGAGUAUCUAACGCUGAAGGCUGACUGCCGCCAACUUCGAGAAGCUCUGGACAAAAAGGAGAAAGAAAUAAUGAGGCUACGUGCAGAAACGGAAGACAAAGAGAAAUCCAUCAAAAAGUUUCAAACAGAAGUAGACAGACUAACCACCGACCUAAUGGAUAGCGUAUCAGACCUCACAAAGACAAAGGAAACCAACAAAAACGAAAUAGAAAGACUAAAAACUGAACUCAAAGAACUCAGACAAGAACUUUCAGACAUCUCUCUAAGUGGGUACGAGGGCAUCGAGUGUGGGAGGACCAUGAGAGGAAUCUACGACGUAUGCAAAAGUAACGAAUACCAUUGGAAUUCAAACGACAGUGCUUUAGAAGACGCAGAAGUCCAAAGACUAAAUGGAGAACUUCCGGAUGCCUGUGGAGACCACUGUCCAGCUGGUGCGAUGGUGGAUAGACUUAAAUGUGAAUUGGAAGCUAAAGAAACUCAAUUUAAUACUGAAAGAAGAAAGUGGUCUGAGGAGAAGGACAAAGUAUUGAGAUACCAAAAGCAGUUACAAUUGAAUUACGUGCAGAUGUUCAAGAGAUCUCGCACUUUGGAGGCAGAAGUCGACGGGCUGAGGUUAGAACUAGAAUUGUGCUACAAGAACAUGAAAAACUUAAACAAACACGGCAAGGCUAUAGAGCUAUAG